ACCAUCUUUCACCUCUUCACCUCAACCGACCAUGUCAGACGGCGUCGAGAUACACCCUACGUUGCGCCCUAAUGAGCCGCCAAAGGAUGCCAUCCUCAAUCGCAUCUCGAGGCAGGUUACGCUCGAAAAACAGCGUGGGAGUGCCCAGGCCAUGUUGUAUGCCGUGGGACUGCAAGAGGCGGACAUGCAGAAACCGCAGAUUGGGAUCUCCCCCAUCUGGUGGGAAGGCAAUCCGUGCAACUCGCACUUGCUCGACCUCGCCAAGGCUGUCAAGGAGGGAUGCCAGGCUGAGGGCCUUGUUGGGCUGAUGGCCAGUACUGUUGGCAUUUCGGACGCGAUCACUAUGGGUACUGAUGGGAUGCACUAUUCGCUCCCUUCGAGGGACCAGAUCGCUGAUACGAUCGAGUCUAUCACCAUGGGCCAAUUUUACGACGGUAACAUCUCCCUCCCCGGGUGUGACAAGAACAUGCCUGGCUGUACGAUGGCCGCUGUGCGCCACAACAGGCCCACGAUCAUCGUUUACGGGGGCACGAUCCAGACUGGUGUACGGCACGUCGACUGUCCUUGGCAGGGGAAGAAGAAAGGCGAGAGCGUGAAUAUCAGCGAUACGCUCGAAGCGUGGGGCGCGUACGAAACUGGAAAGAUGAACGACGAAGAGUACUUCGAUAUUGUUCGUUAUGCCUGUCCUGGGCCGGGAGGGUGCGGAGGCAUGUACACCGCUAAUACCAUGUCGACGUCGCUCGAAGUCAUGGGUAUCUCCCUGCCCUACUCUGCCUCUACGCCUGCUGUCUAUCCCGAGAAGAAACGCGAGUGCAUUAUGGCCGCCAAGUACAUGAAGAACCUACUCGCCCUCGACCUCAAGCCGCGGGACAUCAUCACGCGCAAAGCGCUCGAGAACGCCGUCACACUCGUGCACGUCAUCGGCGGGAGCACGAACGCCGUUCUGCAUCUCCUCGCGAUCGCCCGCUCUGCCGACGUGCCGUUCACGAUCGACGAUUUCCAGACGAUUGGCGAGCGGACGCCGUACCUUGCCGACCUGAAGCCGAGCGGGAAGUACUAUAUGGAGGACUUGCACAAGGUCGGUGGGAUCCCCGCGCUCCUCAAGUACCUCCUGAAGAACACGAACCUCCUGCACGGAGACUGCAUCACCGUCACGGGAAAGACCCAGGCGGAGAACGUCGCCCAUGCCCCAGACUUGGACUUUGAGAAACAGGACGUUGUCCGCCCGCUUGAGAAGCCCCUCAAGCCCACGGGGCAUAUCACCAUCUUGAAAGGCAACUUGUGCCCCGACACGGCGGUGGCGAAGAUCACGGGCAAGGAGGGGCUCAAGUUCGAGGGUCAUGCGCGAGUGUUUGACCACUUGGACGACUUCUACCCCGCCCUGCACAGAGGCGACAUCACCGCCGGCAGCGUGUGUAUCUUCCGCUACCAAGGGCCCAAGGGCGCGCCCGGCAUGCCGGAGAUGCUCGGUCCCACAGGGGCGCUGAUGGGCGCCGGCCUGGGAGGGAAGACAGCGCUCAUCACUGACGGGCGAUUCUCGGGCGCCAGUCACGGGUUCAUCAUCGGCCACGUUUGUCCCGAAGCGUUCUUGGGAGGACCGAUCGCGCUCGUCAAGGAUGGCGAUAGCAUCGUCAUUGAUGCGGAAAGGAAGGUUAUCGAUUGGGGUGUGAGUAAGGAGGAGGAAGAGAAGAGGUACGAGGAGUGGAAGAAGAACGGACCGAGGGAAUUCAAGGUUAAGAGAGGGGUGCUGUACAGGUAUGCGAGGGAUGUUGCGCCGGCGAAUGUGGGCGCGUAUACGGAUUGAACGACGGUUGUGGGUGUACGCAAGUCGCAAAUAAACAAUGGUUCUACUCG